AUGUGGACAUGGGAGGCUUCAGCUCGUAUAAGGAAUACUGCGGAAGCGGCGCAGAAGGGCCGUGAAAGAGAAAAAGAAAGAGAGCGGCUCACGCGCGAGCGUGAUUCGCUCCGCACCAGGGAGCAGCCCUCCCUUUGCUGCAUAUCACAGUCGUCCUGCUAUCCGCAGUGUCUGCAUGUUCCGUCGGCAAAUCGGAGCAAUCGCGUGGAUGAUUCCAUCCUUACGUAUGCGUUAGUCUUCUCAGCGUAUGUACCGCUGAACGGAAGCACGCCCUUAGUAGGCUCCAGCGCUCUCGAGCCUCUCCCGGUAUGUCUACGUCGAAGGGCUUCAUGGUUUGCCAUCGGCUACGUCAGUGUUUGUGCCUCUUCCACUCUCGAGGCGUGUUCCGUAUGUCUACCGCUGAGCAGCUCCAUGGUCUGCGAUAGGCUACGUCAUUGUCCGUGCACCUUCCACUCUGGAGACGUCUUCCGGUACAUCUACACCUGA